AUGUUUUCACCAUUCGGAAGAGGUAAACCUCAGCCACCUCCAAAGAGAAAGGCUACGAACGAAAUGAAGAGAAAGCUUGUAUACUUUAUCAUCGGAUGUGCUGUUGUUAGUAUUGCUCCUUAUGUGAGUGAGCCUAUUCAUGGAUUUAUCUCAUCGCUGUUAGGUACAAAAUCGACCGGUGUUGAAGAAUUCCACUACGACCCAGAAUUGCUCUAA